UAACCAGUAGCCUCAGAAGCAGGAACAUCGUCAAACCUCUGGAAUUCAACCACACCUUGUGAACGCGGAACCUAGAUAUCUCUGUACUAAACUUUACACUUAAAGCAGCGCUGAGCUCCCUCCUCCAUUCACCCCCCACUCUAGACCCUUGAACAACAACAACACGAAGAGCGGUGAGGAGAUGCGCAGACAGAAUUCUAUACACCCCGACCUUCCCCCCAGCUCACCGGUCAGGGAGACUAAACGAGGGUCCUCUGAGGGCGAUGCAACCAUGAUAUCUCUGACUGGAUCCUUGUCUCAACCCACCACCUCUACAUCUACUCCAGUACACUCAUCCUUCCCAACCUCACCCUUCAGGUUAAUGAGAGAGGAAAGUGUGGAUGGGACACUGUCCCCAGUAUCCAUGAAGGGAACGAUGGACUAUCUAGAUAAUGAUCUUGGAACUGCUAAAAGAAAGCGAUUAAUGAUGGAUAAAGCAUACUUUAUCUCUAAAGAACUACUGAUGACAGAACGAACCUACAAGAAGGAUUUAGAAAUUAUAAAUUUGUGGUGGAGAGAUGAGUUGUCCAGCGAGGAAAAUAUGCCCGAGGAGACGGUCAAUCUUCUUUUCUCUCAUAUAGAUCCACUCUACGAGCUUCAUGCAGCCUUCCUCAAGGAUAUAGAGACAAGGAUGGCAUCCUGGGAAAAUAAGACCGAGCUGAAUGAGAACAGAAAGAUAGGAGAUCUAGUGCUCAAGCAUAUGAAUCAAGGAACUAUGGAGCACUACUACAGAUAUAUUGAUACUCAUGUUCUUAUCCUGGAGAACCUGGAGCAGGCUCUGCAUAGGAACAAUAAGUUUGAACAAGUAUACAGGGACUUCGAAAUGCAGAAGGUCUGUUAUCUGCCAAUUACCACUCUUCUACUUAAACCUGUUCAUAGGGUUCUCCACUACCAACUAAUAUUAGAAAGAUUGUUGAACCACUACGGGGGAUCGAACCCUGAUUAUCCUGAUGCUAACAUGGCACUGAGUAAAGUUCGAACUGUAAUCAAGAAACUAUCUUCCAAACUAAAAGAAUCGGAGAACUUGGUGAAGCUGAUGGAGUUGCAGAGGGACCUGGUGGGAUACGACAACCUUGUCCAGGAGGGAAGAGAAUUCGUCAGGGAGGGUUGUCUUCAGAAACUCUCCAGGAAGGGAUAUCAGCAGAGGAUGUUUUUUCUGUUUUCUGAUAUGCUGCUCUACGCAAACAGAACAACAAGCCCUGGACUUCAGUUUAGAGUUCAUGGUCAGCUUUCUGUUCCUGAUCUCCAGGUUGUAGAAAGUGAGCCAAGGAUGGGAGCUGAUUUCUGUUUCAACGUUUACGAUGGUAAACGAGCACUCAUGGUAGCAGCUUCCUCACAGACAGAGAAACUUCAGUGGAUGGAGGAUAUCGUAGAAACCGUACAGUUCGCUCGGGAGAGAGGAUUAGAUUCUCCUACAAACAAGUAUCUGAGCUUGAAGUCAAUGAGUGGGUCGGAUGAUGGAUUGGAUAGAUCAGAGGUCGGUGACCUGCGUCACCUGGAGGCCCGCCCCGCCGGUCAGCGCAGUAACUCCUCCGUGCAUGUGUGCUGGCACAGAGCUACAUCCGUCGCUAUCAUGGAUCACCAGCGGGCGCUGGAGAACCAGCUGUCAGGAUACCUCCUGAGGAAGUUUAAAAACAGCAACGGGUGGCAGAAACUUUGGGUCGUCUUCACAAAUUUCUGUCUUUACUUUUACAAAACAUUUCAAGACGACUUUCCCCUGGCCAGCUUACCCCUCCUGGGAUACAGUGUGGAUACUCCAGAUACAGAGGAUAAUAUCCAGAAGGAUUUUGUUUUUAAACUUCAGUUUAAAAAUCACGUAUAUUUCUUCCGAGCUGAAAGCCAGUAUACAUUUGACAGAUGGUUGGAAGUGCUAAGUACAGCUACAAGAUCUCCUCUCACAUCAACAUCUAUCUCAAACGGAGUUCACUAAACACUAAGAUCUGUCAUAUCCAGAGUUAUUUAAUCUCUAUAUCUUACAAUGUACCCAAAUUCUCAGCCCGUCGAUCUUCCACUUUUCCUAUAUGUACAAGUACCCAGAGAUUUUACUUUUCUACCAGGACAACAUCUAGAAGAUCUUCCCUCUUCCAACCUGGAUAAAUACAUAUCCGGCCAACCUCAAGGACCUGAAAAAUCAAUUCUCGUGUAUCGAUCUCUUUCUCAGAGCUCAGCAAUGAUCAGACAAUCAUUGCAACCGCAUGUACAGGUAUAGUGUACUGUAAUAAACCACACAGUGCACAUGUAAUCUACAAAAUCUCAAAUUGUCUAUGAAGUGAAAAGUUAUUCACUUAUUUGUGCAUUCUACAUAAAAACGUGGAGUAUAGAUAGAAUCAUUUGUAUUUAAUGAGGUUGAAUGUACACUUGAAAUAUUAAAAUUAAAAUGUACAAUGUAAACUGUCAUGUGUACUGCGGAUAAAGUUGUAUAUAGUUAGAACUAUUUGGGUAAAUUCAAACUAUCCUAAACUAUUUCAAGUUUAUCAAAGUUAACGUUCCAAACAAUCAUUUAAAGCAAUCAUUUUAGACAUUAUGCUGAAUUUACAAUGUACAUAAUUUACAUUUACAUUUAUUUUGACAAAAAAAAACUUAGUGGUGAUGAGGGGGGUUUUAAUAGUAUCAUUAAUUUUCUUUGGUUUAUGUAAUUACUAUUCUAAGCAUUCUUUCGGAAUGUUCCGAAGAUUUUUAGGAUUCAUGAUACUUUGCAGAUUUUACAGACUCUGAGAAUUAUAUUUAUGGUUUGUUCAGUUUCAAGAACUGUCGUUGAAUAAUCUGAGGACUAAUUAGACUCAAGAAUCCUUUACUUUGAUAUUGUGUGGAAUGAGAAGAUGAAAGACAAAGUGAAACCAGUGAUAAAUUGAUGUUUUCUUCUUAUUAACGCGGUUUAUAUUUUACACUCUGUUUAUAACAUGCUUCCUCGUCCAUCCUUAUAUACAGGGGUAGUCAAUAAACAGGGGACUAGGAGAGGGGAUAUUAAAGGGAUGGUUGACGUAAAAUUAUGUUGACUAAAUAAACAGGAUAAUUAAUUUACGUUGACAAUACUUUCCCUUUAGCAAGUAGCAGCUAUUUUCUAGUCUUCUCGGCUCGGAUCAUGUUUAUUGACACACCAUGUAACAUUUACGUACUUUCUCAACUUAUACAUUUGUCUAUGUACAGUUUUUUAAGUGCUCUAUAAAGCAGUACACUGCUGUAGCGUGCAAUGUACAGUUUUAUGCAGUAUACUAAUAAGCUGUAGUGUGCAGUGUACUGCAGAAAACUGUACAUUACCGUUUGUUACUUUCCUGCAGAACACUGUACACUACAGCUUAGUAGUAUACU